CGAGAGCAAGGAUAAUUUGGUUCGUGGAAGAGUGACGCGGGUGGGCUGCACAUCGAGCUGUAAUUGAAUAGGUUAAAGAGUUAAGUGGAGAAAAAUUGCUGGAGAAACGUGGGCUUCAGGAUGUCGGCGCGGCAAUACGGACACUUGUUGGACGUUUUGAGUUUGAGCCAUUCAAUGAGGCAGUCUUCAUGAAAGACGUGGCCACACUUGGCUUGGAUCAUGUCCUUGAUUGUGUCGUAUUCCUCCAAGCAAAUGCUGCAGCAGCUAUCGUCAUCUGAUGGUGGGAAGGGAGGCCCUGGGGUUGACAACGGGGUCGAUGUCAGCCCGCUCCACGUGCUGCGCCACCACUUCUUGAGCCAGUUGCUCUCUUCCCACUCUUCUGCGGGGUCCUUUCUCCAUUUGAGCUCCUUGCGCAAUCGGUACCGCAGCUGCUCCUUCUUUUCAUUCAUGUGUUCGUCGUACAGCCGCUUCUUCACGACGAAGUCCUGCAGCCUCACCUCAACGUUCGCCUUGGUUUCGGCAAAAUUCAAGUACCGAUCGACGGCGCGGAGGAGGGUCCACUGAGCCAAUGCCACCGAGUCGGGGGUGAUGGAAGGUCCAAAGACAGACAGAGUUUCGUAGAACGGAUCGCGAUUGUGCAUGCGGGGGUGAUUCACUCGAAUGUUUUCGAUCGUUGUUUGAAGGCUCACAUUGAAAUGGUCGCUGUGGCCAAACCAUUCGAGGUCGCUCAGGUCGGGCGUGCGGGGUGAAAUCUCUUGCGUGAUCGCGACCACGGCGUCGCGGCACUCGGCGGACAGCUUGUUCCAUCGUUCGUACCGCUGGCGCACCACGAAUCGGUGAAAGAUGUACACGAUCAGCAUGAGUAGGGGAAGGCUAAACACCCCCAGAAAGCUCACUAACAACACGACAAGCACCCAGCAGACUUGUUGCAUGUGCGCCGACGUCACAUCGCCGGCCGCAGAUACUCGAUGGAGCACCCACGAUUCCAUGCGGAAUAUCGCCGCCCACGGUUCUUGUUGGCAAAAUCUCACAC